CGCAGAACGAAUGUUGAGCAAAACGGACUAGAAAAGAACAACUGACGCUGUCGUUAUUUAUUGAAAGUAGCUAACUCCCUAACCUCCGACCAUUAACAUUUAUAAUUUUAGAAUCCAAAUUGUAAAAACAUGACGGAGCCUCAGGCAGCACUCUUACUCAGGAGACAGCUGGCAGAGCUGAAUAAGAACCCGGUGGAGGGAUUCUCAGCAGGCUUGAUAGAUGAUAAUGACCUCUACAGAUGGGAAGUCUUAAUCAUCGGCCCACCAGACACUUGCUAUGAAGGGGGUGUGUUUAAAGCUCAUCUCACGUUUCCCAAAGACUAUCCUCUCAGGCCACCUAAAAUGAAAUUUAUCACAGAUAUAUGGCACCCUAAUGUUGACAAGAAUGGUGAUGUAUGUAUAUCAAUUUUGCACGAACCUGGUGAGGACAAGUAUGGCUAUGAGAAGCCUGAGGAGCGCUGGCUUCCCAUCCACACUGUGGAAACCAUUAUGAUCAGUGUUAUCUCCAUGUUGGCUGACCCUAACGGAGACUCGCCUGCUAAUGUAGAUGCUGCAAAAGAGUGGAGGGAAGACAGACAUGGCGAAUUCAAAAGGAAAGUUGCCCGUUGUGUGAGAAAGAGCCAGGAGACUGCCUUUGAGUGAUUUCUAUCCAGCGGCUUCUGGCUUCACAUCUUCAGGUCUCCAGUUGAGAAACAACAUGGCAUUGUUUUCCUGUGCUCUGCCACCCUAUUUGCCAGCUUGUCUUCAUUGCAUUUGGCAGAAAAAGUUUGGCAACAAUAGGCCUGCCAUAGAACAUAACAGCAGUUACCAGAGGCUGACUGAAAGCUGCCAAGCAAGUGCCAACUCAACAACUACAUAAAAGAUUAAUAAUGCAUUUUUUGAAGUCUAUGAAAUGCUUCAACCUUUUCAGGAAGAUAUUGUAAAGAUCUGUAUAUAGCACAGAAAUAAAACCGGAUAAUAUAUUAACUGUUCCUGUACAUCCAGCAAGACACUUAAAUGGCGCCUUUCUAGUUAGAAUUGAAACCCUGUAAGUUCUUUAUGUUUUUAGUCCAUUUCUCUCAUCAAACUCCGCUCUAGUGUGCACUAGCAUAGGUCUGUUGCAGGUUGCUUUGAUGGACGGGGUCUUGUAGAAAGCAGAAUGGUUGGAGUUUGAUCUUCUAGGUUGCCAGUAUUGGAGAAGUGCAGGGGUUGUUUCUAGACUGACAUGAGUUUUAAGGCCAAAAUUGUAUCUACACUUGUGUCUGUGGAUGCACUGGAAAACACGCAGAUCUGUAGCCUACUUGUCCUGUUGGGUUCCUUCGCCCGAAGCACUUCAGGGGAAGCUUCUGGAAGUCACCAUUUAACAAAUGAAUGAGGUUAUACGUGCGUCUUUAUUUAGUAUUUUAACACCGCGCUGAGACCCACCCCACCACCCACCAUGGCUGACAUUACCCCCAUUUGUCGUGUUCAGGUGUGUCCGUUUUAAGUCACGCAUGCACAAAUUAAGCUCAUAGUUAUGUUUUUAAAUUUGUCUUUUUUCUUUCUGAAGUGCCUACUAUUAAAUUGCUUGGCAAUUGCACCCGGUUUUGAACCAGAGUUAGUUUUGGAAAAGUCUGGGGAAAUUGCUAAACAACAUUGCUUGAGUGUGUAUGUAUGAGCGUGCAUUUUCUUUUUUUAUAAUCUUACACACCAAGACGAUGUAUAAUUCAAAUAUUGGUAACAGUUCAUUGUAGCAAUAACCUUACCUUGGGUGUGUUGUCCACUGUUGUCUGUUUUUAUUUUGUAUUUUUGUUAUUUUCUAAAGAGUGUUAGGGUGAUGAUGUGGGGAGCAAUUUCUCCUGUAUUCCUCUGGAUGAAGCAGAUUAAUUUGCAGCACUUGUUUUGUUUUUGGUGGUGUACUAGGUAGGAUUUCAAAUGCAUGCUUUAACUUUAGGUUUCGUUGUUGGUCGUUUCUGGGGUUUGAUUUAAAUGGUGUGAAAGUGUGUAUGUGCCCUGUUUUUUUUUUCUCUCCCUUUUUCUUUGAUCCCCAAUUCUCCCCUCUUUUUUUUAUUUUUAUUUAAUUCUGGCUCUGAUGGAAUAUUGCAGUUUACUUGCCUAAUGUACAAAGACAAAGUACUGAUGUAUAUUUUUCAUGUUAUGAAAAUUGUCACCUGUAGUGAAUUCUAAAAUAAGACUUUUUCAGUAAUU